AUGCGCCGUGUGCUGGGGGGGGCACAGGGGGGACUAAACACUCUGCCUUCCUCUCCCCUCGGCAGGAAUUUCUACUACAUCACCAUCCUGCGUGACCCCGUCUCCCGAUACCUGAGCGAAUGGCGCCACGUCCAGCGAGGAGCCACGUGGAAGGCGUCCCUGCACGUCUGCGACGGCCGCUCCCCCACCACCGAGGAGCUGCCCAGCUGCUACACGGGGGACGACUGGUCGGGCUGUUCCCUGCAGGAGUUCAUGGAUUGCCCCUACAACCUCGCCAACAACCGCCAGGUCCGCAUGCUCUCCGACCUCAGCCUGGUGGGAUGCUACAACCUGUCGGUCAUGCCCGAGGAGCAGAGAAACAAGGUUCUGCUGGACAGUGCCAAGGAGAACCUGAAGAGGAUGGCCUUCUUUGGCCUGACCGAGUUCCAGCGGAAGACUCAGUAUCUCUUUGAGAAGACUUUCAACAUGAACUUCAUCUCGCCCUUCACGCAGUACAACAGCACGAGGGCCUCCAGCGUGGAGAUAGACGAGCAGACUCAGCGGCGCAUCGAGGCCCUCAAUUUUUUAGACAUGGAGUUGUACGAUUAUGCAAAAGACCUGUUUUUGCAGAGGUACCAGUUCAUGCGGCAGAAGGAGCACCAGGAGGCGCGGCGGAAGCGCCAGGAGCAGCGCAAGAUCCUGAGGGCCAAGCACGGGCGCCUGAGGGAGCCGGGGGAGAACAGCUCCAGUUCUGACUACACAGGGAACGUGGAGCGGUGGCGGCGGUAGUGUGGGGAGGGGGACACCCCCUGAAAGCAGGACCCCCCCCACCCCUGGGAGGCAACGGAGCCGUCCACGCCAGCAACGCUCCUCGAGGGUUGGAAGCAAAAAGAGGUUAAAAAUGUUGCCUUUGCGGUUGCCUUCGCAGUAAAUGUUGUACUGUACGUGGAACACUUCAUCUUAGCGUGUAAUUAAAUUGUCCUUUUUAGGUUGGAUGGAUUAUUUAUGAAAUCCAGGAGCCGAGGAGGCUCAUCGGAAAUGGUUGCUUGGACGU